GAACCGCUCUAUGGCCAGCUGAGGGAGUGCGCUGUAGCCCUCGCGCGCAUGCUCGUACAGGAGGUUCCGGUUUCGUUUCUCUGUAGCGAAACUUCUCCUUGGACUAUCGUUGGAGAUGCAGCCUCCCCGGGGCCGGAGCCCCCGACGAGUCAACAAAGGCCACAAGCGCCGCGCCAUGGACGCAGCCAUCUUAGACCGGGGACAAGGCGGCACUUUGUCCCGCCUAUUCCGCGUUUAGACCAAUUGCAAAGCAGCGAACCUGAUCGUGACGAGCCAGUCAGAUCCUGAGGAAGGUUGACCGCGAUAGAGUCGGUUGUCGCCCAAUCGUCGUCUGUGUCCCGCCUCUUCAGUGACGCGAAGGCAGAACCAGCCAAUCCCUGCACGGAUGACGCCCGGAAGAGGCUAGAGGCAGGAUUCAGCGUGUCCGCGACCUCACCGCUAGGGCCUGUGAGGGACGGCCCAGACGGCAGGAUGUCCUGGUCUGGCCUUCUCCGUGGCCUCAACACGUCCCUAACUUGUGGCCCAGCUCUGGUUCCCCGGCUCUGGGCCACCUGCUCCAUGGCUACCCUGAACCAGAUGCACCGCCUGGGGCCCCCCAAGCGGCCGCCUCGGAAGCUGGGCCCCACGGAAGGCCGGCCGCAGCUGAAGGGUGUGGUCCUGUGCACCUUCACCCGCAAGCCGAAGAAGCCCAACUCGGCCAAUCGCAAGUGCUGUCGAGUGCGGCUCAGCACGGGCCAGGAGGCCGUCUGCUUCAUCCCUGGGGAGGGCCACACCUUGCAGGAGCACCACAUUGUCCUCGUGGAGGGCGGCCGCACCCAGGACCUGCCGGGCGUCAAGCUCACCGUCGUGCGUGGCAAGUACGACUGUGGCCACGUGCAGAAGAAGUGACGGCUGGGGGCACAGUGGGCUAGGCGCCCCUGCAGAACAUGAACCUUCCGCUCCUGGCUGCUGCAGGGUCCUCCGAUGCCGGCCUUUGCACCUCUAGAGGCGGCCACUCAUGGAUUCAAGUCCUGGCUCCGCCUCUUCCAUCAGGACCACUGUUAAGCCACAGGAGUCCUGGGGGUGCAAAGGGUGCCCCUCUGUCAACACCCUUGGCUCCUGUGUUUAGAGGGGUGGCCUGAAGGACCUUUUCUGCUGGGACAAGACACUGUACUGCCUUCUGCUGGGAAGGGGUUUUAAUAAACAGAUCCUGGCGCUUGUGAUGUGAA